GGCUCUCAGAAACGUAGGAGGCGACACUUGCGUGAGCUGCGCCUCUGUUGCUCUACCUCGGCACCUCUCUCCAUGGCAGUUCCCGAGACCCGCCCCAACCACACUAUUUAUAUCAACAACCUUAACGAGAAGAUCAAGAAGGAUGAGCUGAAGAAGUCCCUGUACGCCAUCUUCUCCCAGUUUGGCCAGAUCCUGGAUAUCCUGGUUUCCCGAAGCCUGAAGAUGAGGGGCCAGGCCUUUGUCAUCUUCAAGGAGGUCAGCAGCGCCACCAACGCCCUGCGCUCCAUGCAGGGCUUCCCCUUCUACGACAAGCCCAUGCGCAUUCAGUAUGCCAAGACUGACUCGGAUAUCAUUGCCAAGAUGAAGGGCACCUUCGUGGAGCGGGACCGCAAGCGGGAGAAGAGGAAGCCCAAGAGCCAGGAGACCCCAGCUGCUAAGAAGGCCGUGCAGGGUGGGGCAGCCGCCCCCGUGGUGGGGGCUGUCCAGGGGCCUGUCCCGGGCAUGCCCCCGAUGACUCAGGCACCCCGCAUCAUGCACCACAUGCCGGGCCAGCCUCCGUACAUGCCACCGCCUGGCAUGAUCCCGCCUCCAGGCCUGGCGCCCGGCCAGAUCCCACCAGGGGCCAUGCCCCCCCAGCAACUUAUGCCGGGGCAGAUGCCACCUGCCCAGCCUCUUUCCGAAAAUCCACCAAAUCACAUCUUGUUCCUCACCAACCUGCCCGAGGAGACCAACGAGCUCAUGCUGUCCAUGCUUUUCAACCAGUUCCCUGGCUUCAAGGAGGUCCGACUGGUCCCCGGGCGGCAUGAUAUUGCAUUCGUGGAGUUUGACAAUGAGGUACAGGCAGGGGCUGCUCGCGAUGCCCUGCAGGGCUUCAAGAUCACCCAGAACAAUGCCAUGAAGAUCUCCUUUGCCAAGAAGUAGCACCUUUUUCCCCUGCCUGCCCCUGCCCCCUGUUCUGGGGC